UAUUGACUUUUAUAGAAAUGGAUUAAUUAAAAUUAAAACAAUGAAAGUUGUUCUAAUGGUAGCUGAAAAACCUUCUCUAGCGCUGUCAAUAUCAAAAAUAUUAUCUGGUGGAAAUAUAAAUACAAAAAAAGGAGUUUCAUCAGCCUGUCCUAUACAUGAGUUUAAUGGGUCAUUUUUGGGGGAAAAUAUUAAAUUUAAAAUGACAUCUGUUUGUGGUCAUGUUAUGUCAUUAGAUUUUAAAGGAUAUUUCAACAAUUGGGAUGCUGUAGAACCGAUUGAAUUGUUUUCUGCUGCUACUCAAAAGAUUGAAGCACAGGAAAAGCUCAAUAUAGUGAAGCAUUUAAAAGUUGCGGGCAAAGAAGUUGAUUUUUUAGUUUUAUGGCUGGAUUGUGAUAAGGAAGGAGAGAACAUUUGUUUUGAGGUUAUAGAUUGUGUAAAGCCUUUUAUGAAGCAAAGUAACAAACAGAUGAUUUAUCGAGCGCAUUUUUCUGCAAUUACUGAUAAAGACAUAAAAAAUGCAAUGCAUAAUCUUAAAGAUCCAAACAAAAAUGAAUCUCUUUCAGUAGAUGCAAGACAAGAAUUAGAUCUUCGUGUUGGAUGUGCGUUUACAAGAUUCCAGACAAAGUAUUUUCAGGGAAAAUAUGGCAACUUAGACAGUUCAUUGAUUUCUUAUGGCCCAUGUCAAACACCUACUCUUGCAUUUUGUGUUGCAAGACAUGACAUAAUUCAAUCUUUUCAACCUGAAACAUAUUGGAAAAUACAAGCUUCAUUAAAACCAAAUAUUAUAUUGGAUUGGGAAAGAGUGAGAAUAUUUGAUAGAGAAAUUGCUAAUUUGUUUUUUAAUCUUGUAAAAGGAGCAAAAGAAGCAACCGUUGUAUCCAUUCAAGAAGUAGAAAAGAAAAAAGCUCCUCCUAUUGCGUUGAAUACAGUUGAGUUGCUUCGUGUAGCAUCUUCAGGACUUGGUAUAGGUCCUCAGCAAACAAUGCACAUUGCUGAAAAACUUUACACUCAGGGCUUCAUCAGUUACCCACGAACAGAAACUACUAAUUAUCCCAAGAGUUUUGAUUUGAUUGGUCCACUCAAGCUACAAUGUGGUAAUCGUAGUUUUGGAGAAUAUGUAUCCCAGCUUCUAUCAAAAGGAAUUAACAAGCCACGAAAAGGACUUGACGCAGGAGAUCAUCCUCCAAUUACCCCAAUGCGCUUAGCAUCACCAAAUGAUUUAUCAUCUGAUAUGUGGAAAGUGUAUGACUAUAUAGUUAAACACUUUAUAAGUACAGUUAGUUAUGAAUGUUGUUAUAAAGUGAAAACCAUUACCUUUUCCAUUAAUAAAGAAGUUUUCAGUUGUACAGGAAAAACUGUAAUAGAUCCAGGUUUCACAUAUGUAAUGGAUUGGCAAGCAAUACCUAAAGAAGAAAGCUUACCUUCUUUUGAAAUAAAUCAAUCUCUUGAAACAAAAGAUUUGAAACUUGUAGAAUGCUUAACAACACCUCCAGAUUAUUUAACAGAAUCUGAACUUAUUUCAUUAAUGGAAAAACAUGGUAUUGGUACUGAUGCAAGUAUAUCAGUACAUAUUAACAAUAUAUGCCAACGAAAUUAUGUUACUGUAACCACUGGAAGAAAAUUAAUUCCAACUCCUCUAGGAAUUGUAUUAGUACAUGGAUAUCAUAAGAUUGAUCCUGAAUUAGCAUUACCAACCAUGAGGGCUGCUGUUGAGAGACAAUUGAAUAUGAUUUCCAGUGGGAAAGCAGAUUAUAAAGCUGUUCUAACUUAUUCAGUGGAUAUGUUUGAGAAAAAGUUUGACUAUUUUAUGAAACACAUUGAUAGCAUGGAUGAAUUAUUUGAGUGUUCUUUUACAAAAUUAUCAGAAAGUGGCAAACCAAUAUCACGUUGUGGAAAAUGUAGAAGAUAUAUGAAAUACAUAACAACAAAACCUUAUCGUUUACAUUGUUCAAAUUGCAAUGAAACAUAUGCUCUACCUCAAGAUGGAUAUGUCAAGAUAUAUAACGAAUUGAAGUGUCCUUUAGAUGAUUUUGAGUUACUUUUAUGGACAAGAGGAGGAGCAACAAAGAGUUUCCCACUUUGUCCAUUUUGCUUUUCUAACCCUCCAUUGGAUGGAAUGAAAGAAAAAAGUGGUUGUAAUCAAUGCACUCAUCCUACCUGCAAACAUUCACUUGCUAAACUAUCAGUGAUGGAGUGUGAUGCUUGUGAUGGUGGUGUACUAGUGUUGGAGCCCUUCAGUGCACCUAAAUGGCAGCUAAGUUGCAAUAAAUGUAACUGUAUUUGGUCAUUACUUAAAAAUGUUCCAUUUGUUUCUGUGAAGGAUGAUAUAUGUGAAUGUGGAGCACGUUUAUUAGAAGUUCAUUUUGAUAAGGAAAAAUCUCCUUUGCCUGAUAAUAAAGUUAAACACAUCGGUUGUUUAAUAUGUGAUCCUGUAAUUUCUUCUCGAAGUCGUUGCCUUGAACAAUCAAACAAUAUAAACAAAAGACAAUUCAAUCGGUUGCGUGGGCGUGGAAGAGGGCGCUCUGCUAAUACCUCCCGUGGCAGAGACUCAUUCCAAACAAAGGGGCGCGGUCGAGAAGAUAAUAUCGAUAGAAACGAAAAAGGAAGAAGAGGUAGAGGAGAAUUUCAAAGAGCAAAAGGAAGAAGAGGAAGAAAGGCUGAUGAUGAUGACAAUGAAAGCUAUUUAAGAAGACCUCAUGACCACAAUUUUUCAGAGUUUUUAAACUUUUAAGAACUUCAA